ACCCUUGAAGUGCAGCUGUCAUUGGUAAAAAUGGCGAAUUGUAAUAAAGUCGGGAAGUCAACCAUAAAUUAUUAAUUUUCCUUAUUUUGGACAAAUACAAAUUUUCAUAUUCAAGGAAGUGCGCUCAGGAAGCACAGACUUUACAUUCGAAGUGUGCAUAUUUUAUUUGCAUUUCGCCGUCCCUUGAAUCUGGAUCAGGGCAAUAUUUACGCACCGCAAGAUAUAAAUGAACCAAAUCGAAAUACAGGAACUUACUACUCACCUAUCCCAGGCACUUGAUCAAAACUACGAUGUCGUCAAUAUGGACGCAGUUCUCUGUGUCAUAUGUGCAUUGGAGGGUACAACUAUCACCAAGGAGCAGUUGGAGGCCACCAGAUUGGCUAAGUACAUAAAUCAGCUCAGAAGAAGGACUAAGAAUGAACAUUUGGCUCGACGUGCAAAAUCCUUGCUGAAAAAGUGGCGGGAAAUGGUAGGAAUUCAGCAAACAGCCACUGAAAAUUUGGCACAUCCCAGUCAAAUUUCAUCUUCACAACCAGCAUUAGAUUUGGUUAAGUCCCCUAUCACCAGCUUUAUUACAGAACCAAUUGCUCCUUCGCAGCAAAUAGUUUCAGAUUUGCAUUCAAAUAUCGACUCUGCGGAGCCUCCGCUUUCGGGUGAACAUACCCUACUUCAUCCGAACUUCUCCAACCUUGUAAAUAGUAUAAAAGAUAGCGAUCGCCACGAAAACAUCGCUAUAACGACAUUGCAUACUCACAAGGAUCGGCGACAUUCGCAUUCCAUCCGAAGUUGCCACGUGGCCUCUCCUCAGCCCAUCGUCAUAGAUCAUUCGGUAAAUUCCGUGAUUAACUUGACCGAUGACAGCACCGUGAAGAUAAACGAAGCUUCAGUUGUUAUUGACAUAGCUUCGGAUUCCGAUGAGAAUGACAAUAACGGUUCGUUAAAUCCAAAAAAAUUAAACUCAAUUGUUCCUGCGCCACUUCCAAUACCAUCUACACCAAGCUCACGGCAACGCAAAUUAAAAAAGGAAAAAAGAAGUAAGGAAAGAGAAGGACAGGUCGCAACAAAUACAAGAUUUGGUGCAAAAGCCAGCGACGGGUUUCAACAGGCCGCUCUGACAACAGAUUCGGAAAUAUUUUCCCUUUCAAACAGUUCUAUGAGCUCAAUUGUAUCUGGAGAUGCUACAUCGAGUUAUUCGCAGAAUAAAUCUCGACUAAACUCAAACGAAUUGACCUUUACCGGUCGGUUUAAGGCUGUUGAUCAUUUGUUUCGAAGCACCGAGUCAGGGAAACACAAAAUUGAUGAAUAUAGUGCUUACGACUCAAACGCAUCAUGUAGUCGUCUAUCGCCUUCAACUGUAGACGAAGUAAAGAAAGCUGAACAUUUAUUUGAUGCUCAGUUAACUAAUACAACCGCAAAUCAGAUACCUAUGUCCGCUGUCAGCAUCGGCUAUGAGUCGAAUACUAGACAUGAGUAUUUGGAAAGCGAUUCGCCUUCCCAGAUCCCAAAGCGACGUGGUAGGAAAAAAGGAUCAAAAGGAGUAGACGCACUUAUUGCAAAGGAAUCAUCAAGCCUGUCUCAACAAAUAUUUUUUGGUGGCUCUACUGUUAAAAAAGUUAAGACUACAAAGGAACUUUUUAAUGAAAUUCAGAGCAGAAAAUUGAGUGUUUCUAUGCAAUCAUCUGCGAGUAAUCUUUCAAAUUCGUCAACAAAUCGAGAUCUGCCUUCGCAUACCACAUUUCCGAGACAAACUUCUUCUUGCUCAGACACUUCAAUGAAUUCUCCACAUAUAUUGGAAACUUUAUCUGGCAGUGCUAUCUUCGCAAGUAAAAUAGACGAUCUGGGAAACACUGAUAGUGAUACCGUCACUUCAGAUCCAUCACACGAUAGUAAUAAAUCACAAGAGAUAAAGGAAUGUACCUCGUUAGAUAGCAAUAGCAAUUCAAUUCAGAGCUUACCGUUAGCAAAUAAUCGGGAAAACUUGAUUCCUACAAAUGUUAAUGAUAUCACCACUCAACUAAUGCAUCUAAUUCACAGCUUAAACAGUCCGCUGAGUGAAAUUGAAAUUGAGAGGGUGUACCAAGAAAAAAUAAUACCAUGUACUUGUAUAGUUAUCGAAGGGGUUCAAGGAACAUUAGGAGAAUCGAAUAAUUCCACUUUAGAUGAGCAGUCGUACAAUGCAAAAAUAAGUUUAAAUUCUAAAGAUAACCUUUCUUGUCACAAUCAAGAUAAUUAUUCUACAUCGCAACGCUCUGUUAAUGGUGAAGUAAUUGACACUCAGCCAAAAUUGGUAAAGUCCAUAUUUGAUUUAGAUUUUGAUGAUAACGACGAUCCUUUAUAUUUUAUUAUGGAUGAAAUUCAAAAGCCUAUUGCUAGAGCUGAUGAGUUAAAAAAUAAUAAAUCAGAUACCAAAAACAUAAAUUUUGGUGCAUCUGCACAAAAUGCUUCGUUGAAUAUCAUACAUUUCAACGAUGAUGCUCAACAAGAUAAUUCGAAUCAAGAAAGAGGAAAAAAUGAAACACAAAAUGCUAUUCCUGCUUUUACAGUUCACGAAGAUCCCGAUUGCUUAGCAAGGCAAAGGUUUUAUAUACAAACCAACAAAGUGACCAGCUUUCACAUUAAUGCGUUGCACAACUAUUAUAUACCAAACAUAAAUGGUAAUUGGGACAGUGUGGAAUCAUUUACAAGUUUUCAAUCUGAGCACACAAUUAUGGAUACCAUGGAAUCGUACACGGUGACUAAUGGAGCUGAUGUUGUUCCUAAAUAUGGACUUCUAACAUCAGAUCGAAUAAGAAAAGAUCUAAGUUCAUUAAAAAGUAUAAAGCCUUAUAGGGUUAAAAAUUUUACAUCUUUAAUUUCACCGUUUCUUGGUGUUGCAAAGUGCUUACCAACGUGUCGAAGAGCUAGACGAAGGUUUAAAAAUUUUGUUAACUCGUCCACGGCGAAUGAUAAAAUAUCUAACAAUUUCGAAAGCCUCGAAAAUAUGAAAACUUCCUUUAAAAACUGCAACCCGUUAAAUGUUAAAAUCGAUGGUACAACUUCUGCGAUUUACAGCCAUAAUGAAAACCACGUGCCAAUGCAAGUCAAUACCAACGUCGAACAAUUACCGCCGUCGCAAUCGUUCUCCAGUAAUGCCAUCAGUUAUAAUUUACUGAAGCUGGCCGAUGAUAAAGUGUGUCAUGACGGAAUUAGCGAUAAAAGCAGUAAUACCGGUUGUCAAGGUAACAGUCCCUAUAGCAGUUCUAGCAGUAGUAGCUACUCCGGUAGAAAGGAAGAUCAACACAUUAUAACUAAAAAUCUGCAAAAUAAAAACAUUCAAUUAAACAGUAGAAAAUCAGAUAUGAAGCGAAGAAAAAGAAUAUAUUUAGAGAAUGAUUCAAAAAAGAAGAAACAUUAUCGAAAACGAAUAAAGACUGCUGUAAACAGAACUUUUUCAAAUCUGCAUAGAAACUUAUACAGCAUUGACAGCGAAAAUGGAAUGAAAAAUGAUUAUAAAAAUGAAUACGGAAACAGUAAUAAUGAAGAAUACGCUAUUGUUCAACGUCCAGCAGGUGAUGGGGAAAAUUGCAGCAAUCACAUCGUAUUGACAAUAAAAAAAACUCCAAGUAAAAUUAAUUCUCCAGCAAACUCUAUGACUGCAUUUUCUCCUCCAUCUACAUCAGAUGGAGCAAAUUUGCAAAAAUCGAUUCUAGACUUGCGUCUGGAAGAUACAAAUAUAUCACAAAGUAUAACAGAAAUUCCACAAAAAAAGGAUUUGUCAAAAACGGACAGGAUUGUCCAUCAGUCUCGAUCUUCUGCCUAUCGCAGAAUAUUUCGAAAACCGGACAAAAGUCAAACUAAAUUUAUUGAUCUGGAUUUAAAACAUUUAUUUCAUUUGAAAGCAAAUUCACCAUGUAUAUCGGCCAAUGCUAAGCUACACAACAAACUAUUUUUUCCUCACGAAUUGUCUAGGGAUAAUACUUCAGGCAUAAGAGAAAGAUUAAUAAAUUAUAGCAGUAGCAGCAGCUCGAGUUAUGAUGAUGAUAGCGAAGUUGAAAAUACUUCUUUUCUGAAGAAAGCUAAUGUAAACAAAUUUUCAGCUUCCAAUAACCGUAAUUUAAAAACUGAGACUGAAACCUGUGCCGCCACUGCGAUUUCUGAGUUCAAAUUCGAAAGUGAUGAAGACUCAAUAUUAACAUCAUUAGGCGAUAGUGAUAUAGAUAUUCAGGAUGAAAUACAAGUAAUAAACGAUAAGGUUGAUUAUUGCAAUGAUUUUCAAAACAACAAAAUGCUAGAAUCUUUUAAUUCAAUAUUUGUUGACAGUCUACGGACGAACACAAAAAAUGCAUCUGACAAUAUGGGAUCAUCUGCGCAUAUUACAUCGCUGGAAUCAUUAAAACCUGAGAAUGCGGAUGCUAUCACAAGAUAUUGUAACAAUAACAACUUGGGUGUAAACUUAUCCAAUGAGCUCAGUAACAUUAGUGCGAAACCGCUGAAAUCGUUUGAUUCAACAAUGAAGCUGCCAUCACUUGGCAUUGAGCACUGUACUGGUAUUAAAACAUCUUCAGACAUGGCCUCUACGAAUAUUGCUGAAAAAAAAUUAACUAGGAUUCAACAAUUCAAAGAAUGGCAUCAAGUUCUUCAGUUGAGAUCGUACAACAACGAGCCCUUAAUUGUUUUGCCUUACGUUUUGCUUGAAUAAAUUUGACGUUUCUUUCACGCUGUGUGAUAACAUUUCCGAAACAAAAAAAAACAUGAGAAGGCGUGUAGUAAAAUAAAAUACGUUAAUAAAUAUUUUAACUUACAUUUAAUCUUGUUUAGUAUACACUUAGUACAUUUUGAACAGAUCACAGCACGGUUGGUUAAUUCUAUAUCUAACUGGAUUAAAAUAUAAUAAAAAAGAAAAAAUUUGGUUCGCAAUAAGAAUUUUCGUUACUCUCUAGUUUUUAAAAAAUUAAAAUUUUUUAACUUUGAGAAAUUUAUUUAAAUUUAUAAAUAAAAAUAGCACCACGU